CUAGAGGGAGCUCCACCAAUACCGAGAGCACUAAGAGAAGCUGGCAAAGCAAACUACAUCCCUAUGUGAACUUCAAAUUUGAGAGAUUCAAGAUCACCGUAUCACCUUAAAUAAAAGCAGAGGCUGGAGAAAAAUUGCUCUUCCGUGAUGUUUAGAGAAGCGGCAACCUGUGGAUUAAGAUGCAAGCCGACAGAAUUCUGGCUUACGCAGUCUGUCAGUCCGCAAGCUCAUUCAUCCACGCCGGUCGUGCAAGAUCCCAUCACACCUUAGAGUUGCUUUUGUCAGUGAGUGCCCAAGCAUGCUGAGGAGGAGGAGGUGUGGCGUUGUGCUAGACCUCCUUAAACUCAGAUGUCUAUGUUCGUGAUUCAGAGCUCGGUUGGUGCGCUAAGAACAGAAACAGGCUGCCCUCACUGGGCGGAUCAGACUUCUCACUCCAGCUGCGUGGACGGGACCACACAUUUCGGAACUCCCCGAAAGAAAAGAAAUCAAUUUCGCUCGUAUUUUGAGCGUUCAAAGAGCGCGAAUCAGUCAAAGUCUUCUCCGCGUAUUUCAAAAGCGCACCACAAACGCGAGGAUGUUUUUUUUUUUUUUUUAGAUGAUCGGCGCAUCUAAAAAUCUGAAUGGACGUUUAUGCAUCGGUGCUUCACAAGGACAUCUGAAUCCUCAAUGUGACCUCAAGGUUUCUACAGGCUACCAGGAGGUUCGGAGAACAUCUGCUACAUUUAAACUAUAAUAAUGCAACAUCCUUUGGAGAUUGGGGCGCACUACUACCCCCCGGAUGUCCAUCCAGACCAAAGGUCUCACAGGUACAGGAGUUUCAUGAUUGAAGAGAUUCUUACAGACCAUCCGGAUCACAAGGUACCAAGUCCCACUGGAGACCUUCUAAAGUUUGGAGUACAUGCCCUUUUGUCCGCCAGACCAUACCACAACCACUUAGUCCUUAAAGCAGACCAGACCAGUAUCCUGAAGUUUCCAGUAUCUCCUCUGUCCUGCUCACUCGGUGCGCCGCUGGGCUCUGCGCUUCUGUCCGGAGCUGCGGGACUGCAGGUGGGCUCUUCAUCCCACCAUCUCCCGCUGGACCUCCAUCUUCGGGGUAAACUCGAUCCUGGAGGUGAUGCCGUGAGCAAGACUAAGAAAGGAAGGAGAAGUAGGACUGUGUUUACCGAACUACAGCUGAUGGGCUUGGAAAAACGAUUUGAGAAACAAAAAUAUCUCUCAACUCCUGACAGAAUAGACCUGGCAGAGUCUUUAGGCCUGAGUCAGCUUCAAGUCAAAACAUGGUAUCAAAACAGAAGAAUGAAAUGGAAAAAAAUCGUGUUGCAAGGAGGAGGACUAGAAUCUCCAACCAAACCCAAGGGCCGUCCAAAAAAGAACUCCAUCCCCAGCAGUGAGCAGCUGUCCGAGCAGGAGAGGACGCGAGAAGCGGACCGCUUAUCCGACGGCGGAGCUUCUUCACUUUCUGAUGCAAACCAAGAGGAAUAAACGAGAACAUCCCGAUCCGUGAGAAUACGUUUGUCUCCAGGAAGCAGUCGGGCCUAUAAUCGGGCUCUUUGGAUCAUUGCGCACCGAUGCCUUUAUGAUGGCACUUACAGAGACCUAACCACUUGGCCUGAUUUUAUACUAUGUUUUGUCUGUUUGUUUGAUUACGCCAACUUUUGCGGGCCUCGUAAAGUCAUAGUGAACUUUUUCCAGGGACCGGAACGGUGGUUAGUAAUGAAUGGCCUUUCUCUCAGCAUUGAAGGCUGUCAUGGACUUUUUUUUUAUCAGCAUAUAUUGUGCUUUUUAUGCUUUUCAUUGGUAUUUCAAAAAUAUUCAAAAAAAUUAAAAUGACAAUUUUCCGAA